CAUUUUACUACUUUACGUUUUUGUGUGUGUCAGUCUGUCAAUGUGUACCAUAGUCAGAAAGAGACAUGGAGUGACAUGAACUCUUUACUGUCACAGAAAAUAUCCAGGGAUAACUUUGGGCCUUACAUUAGACUUUGAAGAUAAUAUCGACUAUCAAAGAUAUCACAGUCAUUCACAGUUCUCUAAUAGAUUGUUUGCUAAGUCAUUAAUUAAUUUCGUUUUCAAUUGUGUAUUUUAAAAAUCAGUGAAACAUGCAUGCGACACGCGCCGACACCUCCGAAAGGCGAUUCGAAAUACAGUGCAAACUGGAGUCUGAGAUCGCUGCUCUAGAAGCGCUGAAAGAGGCAGAGGAACGCAGCCGACGAUUGACGAAUGGAGUAGUAGGAAUACUCUCUUCCUUAGAAGACCGUUUAGCUACACUCCGCCGCACAAUACUUCCAGUUUAUAAUGAGACUGAAAAUCUUCAAGCACAACAACACAAUAUAGAGAAAACUUUAAGCGUACUGGAUCAUGCUAUUGGAUAUUACGGUGUAUGUCAAGAAGUAGAAGCUGUAGUACGUGCCGAACCAAGUGGACCUGGUGGUUUAGAUGGCUUUCUCGAAGCAAUGAAUCGACUGUACAAUGCUCAGCGGUACUUCCAGAAAAACAAUCCUAGCUCCGUCGAGUUACAAAACAUCACAGGUCUCUUCUCAAUUGGCCUAGAAUCUCUAUAUGCUGAGUUCCAUGACAUUCUUAAUCGCCAAAGUCGACCAAUUCUUCCUAUUGUGCUUCUGGAUCUAAUUGGCUCCGAUGAGGACACCAAUGGCGAGGAUGCGCCACAAUCCUUGUGCCAAUUACCCGAGAGCGUUAUGAGCGACUUGCUUAAGAUUGCUGGAUGGCUCGAGGAAAGGGGUCACCGUAGACAUACGAAGAUGUAUGCUUCCGUACGUUCUGCCAUCGUCUUGAGAUCUCUGUUACUGCUCAAAGAACAUCAGAGAAGCGCCAGUGGUGGUAGCACCCAUGGUGGAAGCCCUAUGCCUAGAGCAAAAUUCGCUAACCGACACUCUCUAGAUGGUCAAGAGAAUGCGGGACGUAAAGCGUCGCGACGACUGCAGCACGCAUUGGACAAGGCCAACAGAAUGCUGUUGAAAGCGUCGCAAACGACGAGACUGAAUCUGGCCCUGAAUUCAGUGUCUAGGAAACCGACGCAGCUUAUCCCGUACUCGAUGGAAGAUGCGGCACCCGACGAACAAGAGAUGGAGAAUUAUCUUCUAUUGGCGGCCGGCCUACACAAACUUAUACAAGCUGAGCGUGCAUUGGUCGCGAAGAUUCUUUCGGCUUCCUUGCAUGCACAAGUGCUCGAAGCCACCGUACGCGACGCGAUGGAUUUGGUCGCGCAUGAUGGAGACAGCAUAGCUACGCGCGCCAAACGUUGUAUCACGAGACGCGACUUCUCCGCCGUUCUCGUGGUUUUCCCGAUUUUGAAGCAUCUCGGCGAACUGAAGCCCGAUUUCGAGAGAACGGUCGAAGGUUGUGAUUACGCUCUCCGUUCCAAGUUUGCAUCUGUGCUCGAUACGUUACACUCAACCGGAGCUAAAGCUUUGGAAGAGUUCGCGGAAAGUGUGAGAAAUGAAUCUGGUGCGGGUUUACCAAAGGACGGUACCGUGGCGGAAGGAACUAGCAAUGUCUUGAUUUUUCUGGAACAGCUGGCCGAAUAUGCGGAUAUGGCUGGUACUGUUCUUCAACGCAAUCUUUUCACAGAUCAGUCUGCGUUACACUCGAAAGAGCCGGAAAAUGUACAUAAAAUGGUUCUCAGUGUAUACAUCAAAAAGGUUCUUGCUCAACUGAAUCUGGCGUUAGUGAGUAAAAGCGAUGCGUCUUAUUCCGAUCUCGCUUUACGAGCUUUAUUUCGGCUGAAUAAUCAUAAUUAUGUAGUUAACGCUCUCCGUCGAAGUUCUCUUAUGGAGCUACUCUUACUGGCCGAGCCAAGUGCGGAACAAACAUAUUACGAUCUACUUCUUAAAGACAAAAACAAUUACGUUACCACGACAUUCACCAAGGCCCGAUCAUAUCUCGCAGACGAACCAGAUCUCGCCGCCAAAAUGUUAAAGGAGAAAUUCUUGGGUUUUGCACGAGAACUCGAGGAAGUGACCAAGUGUCAGCGUUCUUACUCGGUGCCUGACAGAUGUUUGCGCGAAGAGUUAAGGAAGGAAUUGCACGAGGCGAUUGUACCGCUGUACACCGCAUUCUACAACAAGUAUCGCGGCACGUCGUUCUCGAAGAAUCCGGCGAAAUACAUAAAGUACACGCCCGAUCAGAUAUCGACGCUAAUCAACACGUUUUUCGACACCGCCGCAUAAUAACAUACAUGCGUAUCGCACCGCAAAAUGUUUGUCUCGACAAAGAAUUAGUAGAGUAUUUAAUAAACACCCAUUUAAUAAAGCAUAUUUAAUUACAAUAGUUUUAGUGAUUCUUUUCCGUGCGGACCGAAUCUUUAUUUCUUUCUCAAACAGAUUGCACAGAGAUUAAUAUAGAUCUGCGACAAUUGAGAGUCUAGUUAGGUCUUGGUCCAGCUUCCCCCCUCCCCCACAUUUUGUUUUAUAUAUAUUUAUAAUAUAUAUAUAAAAAACAAGUAA